CUGAGGUCCGGACCAACACCUGUCAGCUCAGCCGCUAGCCGGAGCCGCUGUCUCCCUGCACCUGUGCACUCUGGGAUAUUACCGCACUGGAGACACCUGUAAUGGAUCUGGCACUGCACACGCUCCUGGCCCUGUGCGUCACGCUCUGCGUGCUUCUACCCGAAGGAUCGGGGCUGCCCGCGUCGCGGAACUCCGACCAGGGCCCCCCCGGCCCUCCUCCCCGCCCCCCCCCGCGGGUACGGACCAAGCGCUGCUCCUGCAGCAACUGGCUGGACAGGGAGUGCAUCUACUUCUGCCACCUCGACAUCAUAUGGGUCAACACGCCAAGUAAGACCGUCCCGUACGGGCUGGGCAGCCCCCUGUCCCGCCGCCGACGCUCCACAGACCGCUGUGCGUGCGCCAGCCCCGCGGACCGCACCUGCACCGGCUUCUGCCACCACAGCUCUGAGAAUCCCCAACUGGCGCGGGUCGACCCGUCCACGCGGUCCAGGCGCUACACGGACAGAACCAGUGCUAAACUGCUGACCUCUCUCAGGGAGGCGGUCCAGGCCAAUAUGCAGGCCCUGGAGCGGGCUGUGGCCCCCAAGAGAAAACGUUCCGGGGCCCCUGGCCGGUAACCAGCUCAGAGAGAGGGGAGGCAGAGCCGAAAAAGAGCGGGCAUCCGAUCAAAAACGUCCCGGAGGAGGUCGCCGGGCAGAGGUCGAGAGAGGUGCCUCCCUCUGGCAGGAGGAGGGGGCAUCCCCAUCAAAUGGGACAGGCGGCAGACUGGAGGACAGACUGGCCUGUCCCAGACUGGAAUUUUUUUUUAACGGAGGAACUGGGGUGUCAUGAAUUGGGGGGGGGGCAGGGCAUCCCCCAUUACAGACUGCACUGCCAGUUCCCACGAAUCUGGACCUGGCAUAGACGUGCAUAAAGGUGACAGGUGAAGACAUUCCCCCUCACAGCUACUUUGACGUCAAGUGAAGUUGAAGGGGAAGCGUUUUAAAAAUAGCAGAGGAGGAAAUGCAGACAAGCUGCAUUGCUGGGGAUUUGAGCUUUCGCCUUUUAUCCACGGCGCCGAAGAACGUAAUUAUUCUGCCGCUUUCCGUGCGGAGAGCUUCAAAGCCUCGGCCCGCCCGUACCUGCGAACACGUCUUCGAGAAGAUGGCCGACUUUAUUAUCGAGGUGUUCGAUGCGCGAGCUGCACUGGCAUCGAACGCUAUGGCUCAGGGUGAUCUAAGCAUGAUACGCAAAGGGCAGCGGGUUUAUUCUGCAUUAAGGCUGCGCUGUUUCUGGCGCCCAGACUUGCGCGGACGAAACUACCCGAGGUUUUGUGUGUCUGUGUGAUUAUUUAUUUAACUGUCAAGCACCUUUUUUUUUUCCCCCCGUUGUUGGAAUCGGCUGAGUUCCAGCUUCUUCAGAAUGCUCUUUACUUCAGUUCCUCUGUAUCAGAGGAGAGAGCCAGAUCCCCAGUGGGGAGUCCUGCCGGCUGUGUGCGACUAGCUGGGUUCGGGGGGGCAGCGUCCUCAGCACACGAAAAGCCUCAGAAAAGCAGGGAAGACAGAAACCAAGGUCCUCUCUGGUCAGUGUUACGGGCGAAGGGUUACAGAAGGCACACUGGCACAGGAAGUCAACCUCGAAAGUCAUUAGAUUUAAUCUGCGAUUGAAGCUGGUUCACGUGAGGUUUUUUGUUAGUGAGCAGCUGUAAACACACAACAGUCAGAACAUAAAAUAAACAGAUUAAAUAUUAUUACAUAUUGUAAUAUUUUUAAGAUCAUUUUUCUGUUCGCCGUCAUAUUUCAGCGGUGCCAACAUUUUUUAAAAACCAAGGUUUUUUUUCUUCUUUUUUUUUUUCCAACAAAAGGCGUUUUUUUCUGGCUUAAUAAUAAUUACCCAAUGGCAUUUAAGAAAAUGCAAGGAUGAUCCUUAUUACAGUCAGAAGAAAAACUAUUUUCGUAAGCAGCCAUGUUUGUUUUACCGAAUGAACCUGCACAUGCAUGCAAAGUCUGUCGGGACGCAAACGUAUUUUGGCGUGGUUUGCUUAAGUUGUUUAUUUAAUUUUGCUGUCACUACACAGGGGAAGCAACAAGGCAGCUCAAAGCGAUUUUCUUCAGUCUUGUCUGGUUUAUUUAUCCUCGUCUCAUUCAAGUGCUCUUUAAUUUAUGUUUAUAUUAAUAUUUAUUUUUCUACAUUAUGUUAUGUUAACUUAUGUUUGCAUUAGUUGUAUAUUUGUCAAAAAGACAUAUUUGUGACAAUUUUUUUAUGCUGUUUAUCAAUAAAUUAAAUUAUUGCGUUA